GAGCAGGCGAAGCAAAGGCAAAUAGAAAAGAAAGAGAGAGAAGAAAAAAAAGGGCGUUGCUUGGAUGGACCUUCACAGGUCUUCAGCAUUGGACCACGGCCCUUAAAAAAGGAGAGAGAGAAAAUCUGCCGCUCUAAACAAAAACUACAACUUUGAAUAAAAGAGGCAGCUGAAAGGAAGGCGAUCAGGUCCGCUCAAAAGAUCCCGCGGGUUUUCCUCCCUCCCUUCCUGUGCUAGUAGCAUCAGAGGAAACGGGACGAAACCUCGAGCAAUUUGGCCAUCCUUUCUCCAGUAGCCGCUUUCAUACACCAACGGGGAAAAACCCGUUUCCUUUGUUUUGUGGGAUUUUUUUUUUGUCUGUUGAAAUCUGUGUUGCGCCUUCAAAGCAUCAGAGAAAACUUCCCGGUUCUUGGCACCAACCUUCUGCCCAAACGUAUCGGCUGGAAUGGGGGCCCUGGAGAUCCUUGGAUUGUGCCUGAUUCUCUCCUUUGGCAACACAGUGGCUAAAGCUAGUCAAGAUAUUGAUGAAUGUGUUGAUGGGACUGACAACUGCCAUAUUGAUGCCAUCUGCCAGAACACUCCCAAAUCAUACAAAUGCAUCUGCAAAUCUGGUUACACCGGGGAUGGGAAGCACUGCAAAGAUGUUGAUGAAUGUGAACGCGAUGACAAUGCUGGCUGUGUUCAUGAAUGUGUCAAUAUCCCAGGGAAUUAUCGAUGUACCUGCUAUGAUGGCUUUCAUCUUGCACAUGAUGGUCAUAACUGUCUCGAUGUGGAUGAGUGUGCAGAGGGGAACGGUGGCUGCCAACAAACUUGUGUCAACAUGAUGGGAAGCUAUGAGUGCCAUUGCCGUGAAGGCUUUUUCCUGAGUGAUAACCAGCAUACCUGCAUCCAGCGUCCUGAAGAAGGAAUGAACUGCAUGAACAAGAAUCAUGGUUGUGCACACAUAUGCCGUGAGACCCCGAAAGGAGGCAUUGCCUGUGAAUGUCGACCUGGUUUUGAGCUCACUAAGAAUCAACGAGAUUGCAAAUUGACUUGCAACUAUGGUAAUGGAGGUUGUCAGCACACCUGUGAUGAUACAGAUCAAGGUCCAAAAUGUGGUUGCCAUGUGAGGUUUGUGCUACACUCUGAUGGGAAAACAUGCAUAGGGGAGAGGCACCUUCAACAGCACGUUACCCCCCCGACGUUUUCUAAUGAGACCUGUGCUGUUAACAAUGGAGGCUGUGAUAGCAAAUGCCAUGAUGCAGCCACAGGCGUACACUGCAGCUGCCCCAUGGGAUUCAUGCUUCAGCCUGAUAGAAAAACUUGCAAAGAUAUAGAUGAAUGUAGAUUAAACAAUGGUGGCUGUGACCACAUCUGCAGGAACACAGUGGGGAGUUUUGAAUGCAGUUGUAAAAAGGGUUACAAAUUGCUUAUCAAUGAAAGGACGUGCCAAGAUAUUGAUGAAUGCUCCUUUGAUAGAACCUGUGACCACAUCUGUGUAAAUACACCCGGGAGUUUCCAGUGCCUGUGUCACAAAGGCUACAUGCUGUAUGGACUCACCCACUGUGGAGAUGUUGAUGAAUGUAGUGUCAAUCAAGGAGGUUGCAAGUUUGGAUGUGUAAAUACCCCAGGUAGCUACGAAUGUACCUGCCCAGCAGGUUGCAGACUUCAUUGGAAUAAAAAAGAUUGCAUAGAGCUGGAGAUUUGUUUGGCUGGCACAGUAUCUCCACGAGCCAUACUUACCUGCAACAAGAAUGGCAAGAAGGAAAGCUGCUCCCUCACCUGUGCCUCCAAGGCCCGCUUUCUGCCAGAAUCUGACAAUAGCUACACUGUGAGCUGUGGGACCCCAAUUCUGCAACAGGUACCUCAACCAAGAUCCAGUAAUGGUAGCCAUCCCUGCAUUGAGGCUGUUGCUGCUCCAAUCAAACAAAAGGCUUCUUUUAAAAUUAAAGAUGCCAAAUGCUAUCUCCAUCCACACAUGAAAGGCAAGCAGGAUGAUACUGGCAGGAAUGGAGGACUAGGUGGGUCAGCCCCAUGCUCAGAUUGCCAAGUGUCUUUCGUGAACCUGAAGUGUGAUUCAUCAAAGAAAGGCAAAGGACGUCGGGCUCGCAACUCUCCCAACAAAGAGGUGACUCGCAUUACCCUGGAGUUUGAAGCUGAAAUCAAACCUGAAGAGAUCACAGCUAGCUGCAAUCUGAACUGUGUCCGGCAGAAGAUUGAGAAAAAGCUGAAGUUAGCUAUCAAAGCCUUGAAGAAAUCCAUAAACCAGGAGCGAUUCCUCAUUCGUGUUUCAGGAAUGGAAUAUGAGGUGGCCCGGAAGCUGAGCCUGUCUCCUGAGAGGCAGGAGAGUUGUGGGCCAGGACAACAGAGGCUGGGAUCCAAGUGUGUUAGCUGCCUGCCAGGAACAUACUACCAUGGCCAGAUGGAGCAGUGUGUCCUUUGCCCUCCAGGGACCUUUCAGGAGAAAGAAGGCCAGCUCUCCUGUGACCUUUGCCCUGGGAGUGAUGCUUAUGGGCCUGUUGGAGCAACAAAUAUAAGCACUUGCGCAGGUCAAUGCCCUCCUGGACAGUACUCUGUAAAUGGCUUUAAACCCUGCCAGUUGUGUGUGCGUGGCACCUAUCAGCCCGAAGCUGGCCGAGCAUUAUGUUUCCAUUGUGGUGGAGGGCUGACCACCAAGCAUGAUGGAGCUUUUUCCUUCCAGGAUUGCGAUACUAAAGUUCAAUGCUCUCCAGGCCAUUAUUACAACACCAGUGUCCAUCGCUGCAUUCGUUGUGUAAUAGGCACCUAUCAGCCAGACUUCCGUCAAAACUAUUGUAUUGCAUGCCCUGGGAAUACUACGACAGACUUUGAUGGCUCCACUUCUGUAUCACAAUGCAAAAACCGUCAAUGUGGUGGGGAACUGGGCGAGUUCACUGGCUAUAUUGAGUCCCCUAAUUAUCCUGGAAACUAUCCUGCAAAUGUGGAAUGCACUUGGAACAUCAACCCACCUCCAAAGCGCAAGAUUUUGAUUGUGGUGCCUGAAAUCUUCCUGCCAUCUGAGGAUGAAUGUGGGGAUGUCCUGGUGAUGCGGAAAAACUCGUCUCCAUCCUCCAUCACAACCUAUGAGACAUGCCAGACUUAUGAGAGGCCUAUAGCAUUUACUGCAAGGUCCCGAAAAUUAUGGAUUAAUUUUAAAACCAGUGAAGCUAACAGCGCCAGAGGCUUCCAAAUUCCUUAUGUCACAUAUGAUGAGGAUUAUGAACAGCUGGUGGAAGACAUUGUCCGAGAUGGCAGACUUUAUGCAUCUGAAAAUCAUCAGGAAAUAUUGAAGGACAAGAAGUUAAUCAAGGCUUUCUUUGAUGUGUUAGCUCAUCCACAAAACUACUUUAAAUACACAGAAAAACAUAAGGAAAUGCUGCCACGCUCUUUCAUCAAACUCCUCCGCUCCAAAGUUUCAAGUUUUCUUAGACCUUACAAAUAGCCUCAUAUUUUCACCAACCUUCCAGGUUUCUCAACUGCCAAGAAAACUUUUUUUCUUAUGCUUAUUGUUACUUUUCGGUGAAUUUUUUCUACAAAUAGAAACCCGCCAUUUUCACUAUGCAGAUGCAUCUAAUACCUGAUCAUUCUUUGGCUAUUCUUGGAAUCAAAUUUACUGGUGAAUUGGCCAUGGAAGGAACAGCUGGCCACAAGGAACUAAAUUCCCUCCUUUGUGUUUCCAUAUUGAAGUUUCAGCCUGUUGAAAUUACCCAUUUCACUAAUGACACACUCUUCACACAAGUCCUGUGCUGGGACCCUUACCUUCCAGUCCAGCUUUUUCACAUAUAUGCCAUUAUGUGUGCUACCAGGCAGCUGCUAAAGAGGCUGCUUGGGUACAUUUCUCUGCAUGAACUGUUUCUAAAAAGUACUUCUGCUAUCAUAAGAUGCCUCUGCUUCUGGGACACCAAUGAAAUGGGAAGACACUGAGCAACUGCUAAGCAAUGGAAUUGAUCCAGCUGAACACUUUUGUGAAGAACUGAGAGCAAUGGACACCUGGAAUGUAGAAGGUUCUGCCUUAUUUAUCAGACUGUUAUGUUUUUAAGUGAAAAAUAAAUCAAGCAGUCUUGCAGAGAGAAUCAAACCAGAUACAUGGGGGAGGGGAUACAAUGGAUAUAGAUCAUACAAUAAAAAGGUGUAUCACAGAAAUGUGAAAGGAAAUCACCCUUGUUGAGAAUGGCAAGGGUGGUGACUAGAAGAGCAUCUUUUCAUAAUGGUUUUUGGUAUUGAAAGCCUAGUCUAGCCACCUACUCAUACAGAAUAAUGUCUGGAAAGGGGGAGCAGAGAGCAGAAGUUGGUGAAAAGUGAGAUUUUCUGAUAAGAUUUUCCCCACAGACAUUUGUGCUGAGAGAUCAGACUUCUUGUAAGCUCUGCCAAAGAGUAACUCAGU